UGGUCGGCGGGGGUCCGGGGCCAUGGGGAAGCUGCAGCUGUUCGAGAUCCAGCUGGCCGACAGCCGCGUCAUCUACGGCCCCGGACAGCCGCUGGCCGGAGCCGUCACCGUGCGCCUCGCCGCGCCGCUGCCCUACAGAGCCAUCAAGGUGACCUGCAUGGGCUCCUGUGGAGUGUCCAACAAGAUCAACGACACCGCCUGGACCGUGGAAGAGCCGUAUUUCAACAGCACACUCUCCCUGGCCGACAAAGGGACACUGUCGGCUGGGGAACACACCUUUCCCUUCCAGUUCCUCCUACCAGCCACGGCGCCGACGUCAUUUGAAGGUCCAUUCGGGAAGGUCAUCCACCAGGUGCGAGCAGUGAUAGACACUCCGCGCUUCUCCAAAGAUUACAAGUGCAACAAGGUCUUCUAUAUCCUCUGUCCCCUCAACCUCAAUGACAUCCCCGAUAUCGAGAACCCCAACACGGUGUCCACGACCAAAAAGUUCUCCUACAAGCUGGUGAAGAGCGGGAGCAUCAACCUCAGCGUGACCACGAACCUUAAGGGCUACGUCGUGGGACAGAUCAUCCAUCUCCAGACGGACAUCGAGAACAAAUCGGGGAAGGACACGGGGACGGUGGUGGCCAGCCUCCUGCAGAAAGUGUCGUACAAGUCGAAGCGCUGGAUCUAUGACCUGCGGACCAUCGCGGAAGUGGAAGGGGCAGCGGUGAAGGCGUGGAAGCAUGCCGAGUGGAGGGAACAGAUCCUCGUCCCCGCCCUCCCCCAGUCCAUCCUUCAGGGCUGCAACCUCAUUCACAUCGACUACUACCUGCAGGUGUCUCUUAAGGCUCCCGAGGUCUCCGUCUCCCUUCCCCUCUUCAUCGGGAACAUAGCGGUGAACCGGGUGCCCGUCAGCCCCUCCCGGCUGCCGCUCCCCGUCCUGCCCUCGGCACCCCCGGAGGACGAGGACGCGGACGCGGCCGGGGGCCGCCCCGCCAUGGACAGCGUCUCCAUCUCCACCAAGAGCCACUCGCAGCAGCGGCCUCCGCCGCCGCCCCUCGGCCCCGCGCCCGGCCCGAGCUCCCCGGACCCCCGGCUGGACCCCGAGCCCGGCGGCUCCCCCGGCCGCCCGCCCCUCUGCCUGUCCACCGGGGCCACGGUGCCAUAUUUCGCCGAUGGGACGGUGGUGCCGGUGCCCACGGCCGGCUCCCUCAUCCUGCCCCCCGAGUACAGCACGUGGGGUUACCCGUACGAAGCACCGCCUUCUUACGAGCAGAGCUGCAGCAGUGCCAAUUCAAACCUGAGCAAUGGAAUCUAGCACCGGCUCCGGAUGGACCACCCACCCCCCUCACCCAGCCUGGCCGCCUCGAAGCUUUUCAGCGGCCUCCCUCCCACCGACCCCCUGCGCUUCUCCGAUGACUUUGGCCCCGGGGCUGGCCGUGAGGCCGACCCGGCCAAGGUGGCGGGCAGGGAGGGGAGAAGAGAGGCCGGAGCAGGACCGCCGGCCCCUUUCCUUCUCCUCCCCGGCCUAGGUCGCGCGCGGCUGCCUCAACUUCCCGCCCGGAACCCGUGCUGACGUUGAUUUGCCGCUUUCUCUCGAAGCGCCCACGAUGCCUUAUCUGAAAUGCUACUGAUUAGUCUCUCUGCUAGAGGUGGUGGGCAACUGGGCUGGGGAUGGGAGCUCCUCCCCCUCACUUUUGUGGAAGCUUUAAUGGUGCCCCUGGCCCACACUGCUGCCCAUCCACUAGCAAGGAGAUUCCCCUGGGGCUGGGCGCUGGGACAGCCGCUCUCUUCCCGGGACUCCCACCUAGCCCCCGACUAGGACUGGGAUCCUUUCUGGGUGCCAUACUCCCCCCGGGUAAGGGAUUUUGAGGGGCUGAGGCGUUGAUCCCGCUGGGGACGGAGCCCAGCCUUGAGCUGAGAGGAGAACUGUGGCUUCCCUCAGAAGCCCUUGCUCCGGGAAGCCGCUUAUGGCCAGGAGGCCUGGGCUGUCUGGUCUCUCGAUGCUACUGGCUUGUGGCCUGCUCCGGCCUCUCUCGCCUGCCCAUCCUGGGGUAUCUCUGGCUCUACCUCUCCUCUCACCCGAAGUCUGUUUUCUGGAUUCUCAGCCCUCCCUCCUUGUCUCUCCUCCCCUCGGUUCCCCCCCAACAGCCCCGGUGCUUCUGCCCGGCUUUUCUGGUCCACCGGGAGCGUUCCCGACCCCGGAUCUCUGACCCCUCAGGGGAAAGGCAGGGACGAAGGCCAGAAGGAUUUCUGUCUGGGGCCUCCCUCUGCUUGCCCCCUGUCCCUCUCCACCCCCUCCUCACUCUCUCCCUGGGCACUUGACGGUGUUGGAUGUAGGAAUCAAUGGGUCAGUUUUCUCUUCCUGCUUCCUCCCGACUGCCCCCGAGCAAGGCAGGGGGUGGGAGGGAGGGCCCAGGGAUGGGCGAGGGGCAAGGAGGGCAGAAGUGGGCUGAGGGAAGGGAUCAGAGGGAAGCUGAGGUGAGUCAGAUUGGGGGGCAGGGGCAUCCACCCUAGGAUGGACCCCUGCUGUUCUUGCAAUAAUGUCUACUGCCCCCCUCCUUUGUCACGCAUGCUCACUCCCAAACACGCGCACACACACAUAUAUGAAAAGAUACAUAUAGACAAGCAUACUCUCACAAACAUACUCACAUAUCCACCUAUCUGUUCUUUUCCCUGGGCCUUGUCUAGGCCUGUUGCCCUUUCGGACUCCCACCUAUACACAUACAUCCAUAUUCAUCUAUACCCACUUGCGGGGUGUUCCCUCCCACAGGGUCGGCUCUGCAGGGUGGCGGGUUCUGGGGUUUCACCUCCCGUCGGCCUCUCCUCGGAGAGGGGACGGGAAGGGGAGCUCCUUGCUGAAAAACGCGACUCUUUGAGCCUCUCUGUUUUCUUGACCUAGCGGGUGGCUGGGAGAACAACAAGGCCCUGUGGGUUUUAAGAAAAGGGGGCUGUUGUCCUCCCUGUGGAGUCAGGGAGCGAGAUCCUCUCUUUCAGCCCCACCUUCUUAAUAGCACAUCCUUCCCCCUACUGCUUGGGCAAGCCCCAGCUCCCUCUUGCCCCCUCAGACUGCAAUCCAGUGAGAGGGGGAACCUCUCCUUUCAUUGCCCUGAGCUCUGUCUCUAUCUCUCCCACCUCCCGGCUUCUCUCCGCAGCCAAGCUGAAACCCUCUCUGAUCCAUCCUCUUGCCUUCCCGAGCCCCCGGAUCAAUCCAGGGCGAGACAGGCUGCCGUGUGGAAGCUCUGGAUCAGGAGAGAAUCUGCCGAUAAUGUAGCGCUUCCUGCCUUGGCUGUUACUUUCUGUUUGCUGUUUCCUUUCUCUGCUAUUCCCUCCUCUCCAGGUGGUGUGGGUCCUGCUCUGAGGUUGAGCUUCACACUCUGGCGUUUUUUUUUUUCCCCCAUUGCUGCUUAGGUCUCUUCUUACAUUCCUACCUUCUUCUUUCUCCUCCCAUUUCCCACGCUAAUAAAUAAUCCUCCCCUAAGUGCUGAAAAUAUUCUCAAGCCCUCCUCCCCUGGCCUCAAGGAGUUUGCAAUUUAGCAGGGGCCUUGCUGUUCGUUCUUGAUGGAAAUAAGCGUGGUUUGACUUAGAGUUUGAGUUGCAGCCUGUCCAUCUUUCCUUGCAUUUUGUUCUGGGUGGGCUUCUGCUACUAUUUGCUUAGGCCAGUUAGGGAAUAAUUGAUAGGCCUGCUUUAAAAAUGCCCUUUCCCUCAAGGGGUGCAGUCAGAGUGGGGUAAGGGGGUCUUGCUUUUUUUCUUCUCUGGCUGUGGGUCUGGGUUUGGUGUUCCAUGUGAGGUUUACAGGGUGGAAAGAGAGCAGACUUACUGGGGUUUCCACUGUGCCCGGGCAUCCUACGACUGGAUGGCAUCUCUCUCUCAAUAUCCAUGGGCAUUUGAUUGCUGCUGCUAGGUGACUCUGCCCUCCUUAAUAUGGCCUCUGCCCCUCCCGCCCCCCGUCCUUGUUUAUUGAUGACAUUCUCACUCCAACUGCCUCUGUUUCUCCACCUUUGGAAGGGAUCACCCGUCCCCAACCGAUUUCACCUUCCCCCUUUCCUCUCUCUGCCCCCGCCGCCCACCUACCAAUGCACCCCCUUAAAGCUGGGAUCACCACCCCAUCUGUUUCUCUCCUGUCGUAGGGCUUCCAUCUCUCGGAGACUACACCUCUCUCUGGGAUCUGUAUUUUUUUUAAACUAAAGAAUGAAGGAAUUUUUUUUAAAACCUCAGUGACCUGAGUUACCGUCUUCUUCCUCCUCUCCCUCUACCACCGUAUCUACUUGUCUUUCCUCUGUCUCAUCCUCUUUCCCUUCUUCUCUUCCUCCUCCACGUCCUCUGCCUCAUCCACUUUCUCCUCCUCUCCCCCUCCUCCUUGUCCUUUUCCUUCUCUUCCUCCUCCUCUUCUCCUUACCCCCAUACAUCCAUGGGGUGAGGGGCAGGCAUCCCCAGAGAAGGGAGGAAACCCACCAAGAAGGAGAGCAUCGCUCUAUGCCGGGGAGGGAGGGAGGAGCCAUGGACGUGAGCAACCUCCAGCCCCUCCUGUGUAUUUUGUACGCUGGUUUCAGAUUCGGUUCUUUGAGUCACAGCUUUGGUUUUGUAUCGCACCUCACCGUCUCUACGGCUUCUGAUUCUGGCACUAUUUAUUAUCCGACGAAAUGGUUUUUAAUGGCCACCGCCCCCGCUCCAGUUCUGAGCCUCCGUCACCAAAUGGAACAAUCAACCUGAAGAUUCUAGGUGUAAAUAAAGUUCUUGUUUUCUA